AAAAAAGUGUUAAUAAAGUAAUAACAGAACGGAUUUCAUGUCAUAUCUUCAAUGUUUUGUGUAGCUUCAAAAUAAUGAAGCAAUAAUUAUAUGCGAAAUUAAAGUUAAAAUUGUAACUGUGAUAAUUGUGUAUUCGUGAUUAGAAUAUAAGUAAAACAUCGUCAUGUUGUUUCUCAUCUGGUCUGCGGUACUGAUUGUAGCCCUGAUCUUAUACCUCAAGAAGACCUACUCAGUUUUCUCGAAAUAUGGCGUGAAGAACAUGACUCCAAUCCCAUUGGUGGGAAACGGUUUAAGCGUAUUUAUAGGGAGAGAGCAUAUAGUCGACUACUCGAUGCGUAUAUACCAACAAUAUCCAGAGGAAAGGUUCUUCGGUUCAUACGAAUUCUUGCGGCCGUUGGUGAUAGUCAAAGACAUAGAACUCAUUAAGCAGAUUACUAUAAAAGACUUCGAGUACUUUUUGGAUCAUAAAACUAUGGUGGACGACAGAAUAGAUCCUCUAUUCGGGAGAAAUUUGUUUUCGUUGAAAGGCGAAGAAUGGAAAGAUAUGCGCGCUACUCUAAGCCCUGCUUUCACCAGCUCCAAAAUGAAAUUGAUGCUUCCAUUUAUUGUGGAAGUAGGCAACAGGAUGACUGAUGAACUUAAGAAACAAAUCAAAGAGUCAGAUGAAAAGUACUUGGAUAUCGAAGCUAAAGAUUUGACUACUAGAUACGCAAACGACGUCAUCGCUUCCUGUGCCUUUGGUCUCAAAGUAGACUCUAUUGCCGAAGAAAACAACGAAUUCUUUAGAAUGGGCAAAGUUAUCACAAACUUUGGUAUUUCUACUAUCAUAAAAAUGUUCAUGUUUAUUUACCUGCCAUUUCUUACGAAGAUGCUGAAUAUCAAAGUAUUUUCGGAAGCCGCAGCAAAUUUCUUUAAAAAUCUUUUCAUGAAUACUAUGAAUCACAGAAAAGCAAAUAACAUAGUACGACCAGACAUGAUCCAUUUACUGAUGCAAGCAAAAAAAGGUAAAUUAGUACAUGAAGAAAAACCAUCCAAAGAAGCAGAUGCAGGUUUUGCUACUGUAGAUGAAUCUGAAGUUGGUACGAACAAUGUUAACAAAGAUUGGUCUGAUUUAGAUUUAAUCGCACAAGCAUUGUUAUUUUUCUUUGCUGGUUUCGAGACAGUAUCUACUGCAAUGACAUUUGCUUUAUAUCAAAUGGCCGUCACUCCUGAAAUCCAAGAGAAACUCAUCAAAGAAAUCAAGGAAAAUGAGAUCAAGAAUGGUGGAAAGUUUGACUAUAACUCAAUACAGAAUAUGGCUUACAUGGAUAUGGUAAUUUCAGAGGUACUGAGAUUGUGGCCUCCAGCUAUAGCUCUGGACAGAAUUUGCACAAAAGAUUAUAACCUGGGAAGAGCAAACGACAAAGCGCCAAAAGAUUAUAUCAUGCGCAAAGGUGACUGUCUCCAGAUUGCGAACUGGGCUAUCCACCGGGAUCCCAAAUACUUUCCGAACCCCACAAAGUUCGAUCCAGAAAGGUUUUCCGAAGAGAAUAAGCACAACAUUCAACCCUUCUCAUAUAUGCCUUUUGGAUUAGGCCCUAGAAACUGCAUUGGUUCCAGGUUCGCUCUGUGCGAAGUGAAAGUGAUGCUGUACCAAAUCCUGCAGCAUUUCGAGGUGGAAGCUUGUGAGAGGACCUGCAUCCCACCAGAAUUUAUUCCUGGCCAAUUCAACCUCAACCUCAAAGGUGGCAAUUGGUUACGCUUGAAGAUAAGACAAUGACAUGCUAUUCCAAAAUACUUUGUUAUCUAAUCUAAGCCUAUAGAUUACUACCAAACGUGAUUAUUUAUAAGGCGAUAAGAAGAGAAAAACAUUUAUAACGGAACUAACACCUUUUAUCAAUAAGAUACGGAUAAUAUUAUAAGUUUGUUUAGAUAAUAAUAAGUGUUAUUCGUUUUCCAUCUAUGUUUAAAAUUAGAUACCUGAUAAAUCUUUUAUACCUAUCACAAACAAUACUUUCCUCAGAGUUUACUUGUGUUAUUAGAACUAUUACUAAUUUUUUUUUCUUCGUUUAUCAGAUAGAUUAUCAAAAAGUAUUGGACACGUAUUUUUUCUUUGUUCACAUAAUAUAAACAUUGCAGAGAUAUUGUUUUGAAAAGUCGCAUGACGUAACGUUUUGGUACAAUGUUCACAUAAAAGUGACGUCACGAGCCCCCACUCCCAAACUUUGACGCGCUAUAACUUUGUCAUUUUUUGGUUGAUUCCCCAAAGAAAAAAUACGUGUAAAUUAUUUUUUCAACGAAAUUCUAUUUAGUCAAUUCUAUUUACUAAAUAGAAUUUCGUUUACUGUACCCCGUCAUUACCCCUCUUAUGAAAAUUAUAUAAUGUCUUUUCUUUUAUCAAUGUUUGACGUUUUAAUAGAAAUUUCACAUGAUUUAUACAAUUUUGGUUUUAUUUUUCUCAA